AUGUUCUUAUGUCCUGCAGAGACCACCUAUGUCAUCUUUGGAAGGCGGGGCUCUGGGAAGACAACCAUCCGUUUGCAGAUGCAACAUGCCUAUGAUGACUACAAUGAACGUGCUCGCGCCACAAACAAGUCCAGAGGGCACUUCAUGGUGGACUUGUGUCGGCCUGGACAUAUGACAGCAUGCCUGCGCAAUUUCCAAGAAGCCACACGCUGCACAGAUGACAACUGGGAGUCACAGUUCGGUGAGCUGUGGACCUCUGCAGAUAUGGUGGACUGCAUACUGGCAUAUGCUGCCACCGUGCUUGUGGACAAGAUGACAGAUCCCAAGUCAGCAGAGGGCCGUGAGAUGCUUGACCUGGUGAAGCUAGAUGCUAGAGCAUCCAAGCAGUUCCUCCUCCUGGCUCACCUAUAUGCCAAGACAGACGCCGCAAGCCUUGCGUACCUCAGACGAGAGCUUUUGAGGCCCCGCUACAGUGCCAUCGAGACAGCAAUCGGGGUCACAGUUGUUGGCACAGUUGCAGCAGGGGCCAUUGCAGCAGCAAGGGACCCCGGGGUGGCAGAUGCCUUGAGCAGCCCCUUUGCGCGCCUGUGGGACGACUUGGGCCGCGCAGCGCCCAGCAUCACCAACCACCCGCGCGUCACUCUGGCUGCCGUCAGCAUUGCAAGCGCCGCAGCUGUCUCCUACAUGUGGCGGAAUUCCACAACAAGGGGAUUGGAAAGAGCACAGAAUCUCAUGCGCUCCAUCCGGGUCGCUAAGCAGCAGCCGCCCCCUCUCAUGGCCGCCUUGCUGGACCGCCUCUUCAGCCCCCAGGAUCGAGUGAGCACCAUCAGGAGCCUGUGCAUUGGCAUCAGCGCCCACCAGAAGCUGGACAACCUCUCCGCCCUGGUGCGCCUGCUCGGCUAUGAGUCCCUCGCCGUUUUCGGAGACUGCUUUGACGAGGUGAGCCUGCUAGACCCGGUGUCCUACCCGGGCGCCAUCAAGGCGUUUGCCAAGGAGGUCUGCCGCAACGACCUGCUCAACUUUGGGCGCCUGCACUUCUUCUUCCCAGACUCCCGCCUCGCCCUCGACCUCAACACAGACAAGACCCUCAAGGAGGCGCGCUUUGACCGGCACUUCGUGAGGGACCUGACGUGGAGCCGGCACCAGCUGGAGGAACUGGCCGAGCGCCGAUUUGUGGCGGCCCAGCGAGCGGCCGGCAGCCGCCUCGCCGCACCCUCCCACGACGGCGCCUGGACCGGGGACGCCUCCGACGCCAUUCCCACCUCCUUCAACGACCUCUUCAAGCAGGUCAAGGUGGAGGAUUUCAGCAGCUACCUGGCCAAGCUGUCCACACCGCGGGAGCUAAUGAUCAUGAUGACGGAGAUGCUGGCGCGCAUCGAGGCCAAUCCAGAGAAGGGCCUCGAGGCGCAGGACAUGGAGAUUGCCGUGAAUAAAGCCUUAGAGCAGGCCGUCUAGUAGACGGUCAAAUUUGACAGUAGCUAGCAGUUGUUUGACAGUGCUUUGACAAGGGAAUAACAUAGUCAUAUUCUGUGGUUCUGUUAUGUGCCAAUGAUAGAGAGCAAGUGUAACCACAACGUCAUG